AAGGUCCCGAGCGCACGGCUUCGAGCGGCUGCUCAGGGUUGCUCCGGGUUGUGCAGCUGCCCGCCCCGGACUCAAAGUUCUAGUCUGGCCCUGGAUGGGAAGUUGGCGUGGCCGGGAUGCCUUCUAACUUUUUCCCCCGGUGGGGACUGACGUUCCUUUCGAGCUGCUGGCGGUGCCGCCGGGCAGCGUCGCGCCCCGCGGUCACUCCCCAGCCCUGGCCCCCAAGCCGGGCCCGGCGCGCGCAGCAGGUUGAGGGGGCGAGUGCCGAGGCGAGCGGCGGUCCGGCGUCCCCGGUCCCUGCUCUCCAUCUCGGGCUGAGGAUUCGCUGACGCAGCAAGCCGGCCGAUGCCCUGAGGGGACGCAGCCAGGGCGAGCGGGGGAAACGCUGUGUCAUCCCCUGGGGCCGUCGUCCCUCCGAGGGGCUGCCGCCCGGGAACCCCCCCAGCCUCUUCCUCGCUGUGUCCUCCGCGGAGGGUCUCCCGCGCCCGGGUCCCCGCGCCGCCGGGUACUGGCUCUGGGCACACCCGCUCAGGCUCUUCGGGGCACGGCGACAGGGGUCCUUUCCCUCCGGGACCUCCUUUGGGGCGUCGCCGACUCGGCCCUAGACUGCGGAGGCGGGGGUGGAACGCGGAGCCCGGGCGCCUUGUUGGGCCCGGAGACCGGAGCCGGGGAGGGGCCGCUCCCGCGCCGCAGACCCUCGGGCUCCCGCGCCUCCCGCACCAAGGAGACGGAAUUUAUUAGGAAACAGGCAGAGAGACCGCUGAAGUGAACCGGGGCUUGCCAGGGGUGGGCGGCAGCCGAGGCGGCCAGAAAAGAACUUUGAAGGAAGAAAGGAAAUUGUGCUAAGACGUCCUUCUAUGGCCGCUUCAGGCACUUCUUGGAUAUCAUCGACCCUCGCACACUCUUCGUCACUGAGAGACGUCUCAGAGAGGCUGUGCAGCUGCUGGAGGACUAUAAGCAUGGGACCCUGCGCCCGGGGGUCACCAAUGAACAGCUCUGGAGUGCACAGAAAAUCAAGCAGGCUAUUCUACAUCCGGACACCAAUGAGAAGAUCUUCAUGCCAUUUAGAAUGUCAGGUUAUAUUCCUUUUGGGACGCCAAUUGUAGUCGGUCUUCUCUUGCCCAACCAGACACUGGCAUCCACUGUCUUCUGGCAGUGGCUGAACCAGAGCCACAAUGCCUGUGUCAACUAUGCAAACCGCAAUGCGACCAAGCCUUCACCUGCAUCCAAGUUCAUCCAGGGCUACCUGGGAGCUGUCAUCAGCGCUGUCUCCAUUGCUGUGGGCCUUAAUGUCCUGGUUCAGAAAGCCAACAAGUUCACCCCAGCCACCCGCCUUCUCAUCCAGAGGUUUGUGCCGUUCCCUGCUGUAGGCCCUGCUGGAGACGGCGCUGACGCGAGUGGUCCUGCCCAUGCCCAUCCUGGUGCUACCCCCGAUCGUCAUGUCCAUGCUGGAGAAAAUGUCAUCUCCAUGAGGCACGUCCAUCCUUUUGUUCACUGCCCUGCCCAGCAUCUAGCACAGUUCCUGCCACACAAUAGAUGCUCAAUAGGCCUCGGGGACAAUGGACGCCUACCACUCAAGGCAAGCUGGUGCCCCACGGCUCGAGAAAGCUGCCCAGGGAGGAUGGAGUCUCGUCCACCCACGUACCACAUCACACUGCAACUGAGGGAGCCUGGGAGCGCUCCACCCUGGGGUUUCCACCCUGGGGGACAUCAGCUUACUGUGCUAAAGUGUUGCAGGACAUCCUGUUCCAGAAGAGGACGGCUCUCCUGCAGGCACGCCCCCGGCUGCUCCUCCCUGUGCAAAGCCUCGUGUGCCUGGCAGCCUUCGGCCUGGCCCUGCCGCUGGCCAUCAGCCUCUUCCCGCAAAUGUCAGAGAUUGAAACAUCCCAAUUAGAGCCGGAGAUAGCCCAGGCCACGAGCAGCCGGACAGUGGUGUACAACAAGGGGUUGUGAGUGUGGUCAGCGGCCUGGGGACGGAGCACUGUGCAGCCGGGGAGCUGAGGGGCAGGGCCGUAGACUCACGGCUGCACCUGCAGGGAGCAGCACGCCAACCCCAGCAGUCCUGGGCCCCCUGGGAGAGUGCUCAACCUACAGUGGAGGGAGACUGACCCAUUCACAUUUUAACAUAGGCAAGAGGAGUUCUAACACAUUUCGUACAAAAAAAUAAUCAAGUGCAUUUCUGGGCCUUAUGUGGGGUUGUCAAAACUCCACUCAGCACAAUUAUGUGUGAAGCUGAAAAAUUGUAGAGUGCCCAUGGGGUAGAAGUAGAAUCCUUUUAUACUUUGGUUCCUUUUUUAUUUUUAUUUUUUAUCAGAAUCAAAUCUGAGCCUUAGUUUCAGCUGACCAGAAGUGGCAGGAGGACAGGUGGAGGCGAGCCAGAUUAGGCCUGGAGUUGGGCUGGUUUGGUGGCCAGGCUGGUAAAUUUAGGAUAUUACAAUGGCCAGCCCAGAUGGCUCCCUGGGCUGGCAUGGGGAGGGGAAAGAAGGUGGUCUGCACCCCACAGGAUGAACUAGCCAUGACUAGGGUCCUCAGGAAGUGGCCCAGGGAAUCAGGGAGCACUGGAGGCCUCUGCAAGAUUCUGUGGGCAGCUGGCUCUGAAUGUAGCCAGCCCACAUCCAUUCCAGAGCUGCAGAACCAGUCCCUCUGAGUGAAGUCCAGUGACCCUGGAGCUAGGGUCCCCCUUCGUGGAGCUCUAACUGAUUCAGGGCCCCUGAAGUGACCCCAGCUCCAGGCAGGAAACCCCGAGAAGGAAUGGUGCUUGGCAGGAACCAUGGACCUGCACUUGGCCUCUUCAGGAAGAUCCUCCUUCCAGGCCCCAGGCUGGAUGCUGGGUUCUGGGGCUGAGAGUGGGGCUAGACUGGGCUGGCUGCCUUCUGCGGAGCUUCUCCAGCCACCAAGGCUGCCUGCCCCAUCCCAUCCCUUUCUAAGCAGGAAGGUCUCAUGCCUGAGAAUGCCUAGGCCAGCUCCUUAGACAACUAUCAGAGAAGCAGCAUCAACCUAGGAGCAGUGGGCCCUGGCUCUGGCACUAAAUGGCAGUGAGAUGUCAGACAAAUUCAUUCCCUUCUCUCAGCCUCCACUCCCUGUCUGAAACCAGAAGACUGGAUCAAGGGGUUCCCACUGGCUCCUCCAGCAAGACCUCGUCUUUGCUUGUCCUGCUCAGAUGCUGGUCAUCCUGGGCAUGUCCCCAGUGUGGACUCUGGACUGGGAAGGGGGCAGGCCCCUUUGGACCUGCAGUUGGCCUCAGCAGAAGGCCUUGCCUUCUGUAUGUGACUCCAUAUCCCAGGAGCAGUUGACCUUUGCCAAACACUUUACAGUUCUGGAGGAGGAGGUAACAUAGAUGCCUGGGCCUGAUGGUGGGGCCAUACCCAUGUGUCGCUUCUCACUCUGGCAGCCUCAGAGGCCCCUUGCUGCUGGCUCCCAUCUCCUUCCCAUUUGCAGACCAGGAAGGACGAGCAAGCUGUACAAAGGGAAGCAGAGCCCGGGGUGGGUGUGAGCAGGGUGACCCCUCAUCUGAAAGGCCCAAACCAGGGGGAAGCACCAGCCUCAGUGCAGCCCCCUCCUGACCCCACCUAGAAUGGAAGCCUCCACCUGCAGCCCCAGGCCUCCCUCCCCCGGGGUCUCCACCUCAGGGGAGACUUAGGCCAGAGGUGAACAUUCAUGUGUAGGAAGAGGCCGCUGCAGGGUGGCAUCUUAGGGCAGGGGAAGUGUGCUGAGGUGGGUCUUCCAUGGGCAUGGCCGUUGCCUCUCUGCCAGCCGCUGGUGCCCACCAGCUGGCUCUGCAGCACAUUGCCCUGAGGGGCCUGCCACUCUCCUGAGGAGCAGCCCACCUGCUGCCCGUGAGGAGGGGGAGAAGGGUUAGACAAGCCUGGAGGACAAAACAGCGGGAGUGUGGGGGUGCCAUGGUGUUGGAGGGGCAGGCCUUUUUGAGCCAAUCCCACCAUAAUGUGAAUAUGCCAGUGACUGCUGCGCUGUGCUGGUCUCUAGGCCUGAACUAGGUGCUGGCAUGUCUGGGUCGUCUUUUGAAAAGCUCACUUCAAGCUUACCCUGCUCCUACCUAUCAUAAGGUCUUAUUCUUGUGCACUUUAUCUUGGGACCAAAACUGCCUACCCACCCCUUCCCGCCCUCCCCCUGCCAGAGGCCUGGUGCCCUGGCCCAGUCUGUGGCCUCAGCAUCUCAUAACUCAUUUGCUUUGUCUCCCAGAUGAUUUCCGUCAUGCUCCCAAAUGCAGCUUCAGGUGAGCCGAGGGGUCUGCUCCUGUGGCGGUGCAGUGGCAAAGGAUCCAGAUAGCCUAGGGUGAGGGUGACGGAGGGACAGUGGGCUAUGCCACUAGGCCCUGGUCUGGCUUUGGAAAGACCUGUGAGGGGAAACCUUCACCCAGCACCCAUGCCCCACUCUGCUGAGGCCAGAGGAGGGGAGGCCUGAGGGGCAGAUUGGUUCAUGCCUGGGGUGGAGGCUAAGCCUGGACACACAGUCAGGGCGGGGCUGGCCAGCUGUGCCAGAACACAACCCACGCCUGCAAUGGUUCUGCAUCCCUGGUGUCCCUGCCUGGCCCUCCUCUGGUCACUUCAAACAUUCCCUCAGGCUUGGGGAUGCCCUUCUUCCAUUUCCAGACAGCAGUGUGAGGGUGCAGGGACCAAGAUGUCAAGCUGGCCGUGGAGUCAAGCUGGCCGACGGACCCCUUUCACCUGGUUAUGAGCCGACUUCUUUGGUGUUCUGGCCUCUGGCCUGGGAGAAGGGCAGGAGCCUAGAGGAGGAAAAAGGCUGGUGGACAGACCCAGGGUGGUCGACAGACCCAGGGUGGUCUUCAAGCCUGGCCCAGUGAGAGUGAGGCCCCCGCACGCAAGCCUCAGCCACUCCCAGGGGCCUUUGCAGUGUCUUUUUAACCUCAGAAAAUUUCUCAAUCUAUGUGAUUUAUGUAAUACUAAUGAGCUUUGGGCAAUAAAUACGGGAUUUAAAGCA